UGCUUCGCUGAGCCCAUCAUAUAACCACGAUUCUCAUCUGCGAUUGCUAGGUCACAAACGUUUUCCGCCUCCUCCGUUACCCAUCCGAUUGCGGGCGUUGGACUCCCCCGUCGAAGUGCCGGAUCGAGAAUUGGAGUCUUUUGUGUUUGAAUUUGGAAAUUUGAGAUUUGUGAGUUCGCAGAUUGUUUGAUUAGUGGGUUUUCGCCGAAAGAUUGGGUUUUCGGGGUUCUUUUUUUGGGGAAAACUCGGAUCUUUUGCUUGUUUUAUGCCUUCUGCCAUGGCGACGCCGUCUUCCUACUGGUGCUACUGCUGUAGGCGGUUCGUUUACGUGUGGCCGCAGGACGCCAUCGUCUGCCCCGACUGCGACGGCGGCUUCCUCGAGGAGGUCGACUCGCCGCCUCGACGAUUUCACUCUCCUGCAGAGAGCCGCCGCCGCCGCCGCCUUGUCCUCUCGUCGCCUGGCUCUCCCCCGGACGGCAGUGAUGGAUCCGCCGCUGGCGGGUUCGCUCGUCAGUCUUCGGGCCUCAGACACCGCCGCCAUCGCCGCACGUCGGUCCGCGACCGUUCUCCCUUCAACCCCGUCAUCGCCCUCCGCAGCCCAUCCCGCAGCGGCGCCCGCAACUCCAGCACUAGUUUCGAGCUCUACUACGAAGACGGCACCGGAUCUGGCCUCCGACCGUUGCCGGAAAGCAUCUCGGAUUUCCUGAUGGGCUCUGGCUUCGACCGCCUUCUCGACCAGCUUGCACAGAUCGAUAUCAACGGCGUCGGUAGCGGGAGGGGGUGUGACAACCCUCCGGCGUCGAAGGUCGCCAUCGAGUCGAUGCCCACGGUUGAGAUCGUCGACGAGCACAUCGGAAAAGAGUGUCAUUGCGCCAUCUGCAUGGAUUCCUUCGAGCUCGGGGAGGAGGCCCGGGAGAUGCCUUGCAAACACAUCUACCAUAAAGAUUGCAUCUUUCCAUGGCUAUCGCUACGGAACUCAUGCCCUGUUUGCCGCCAUGAGAUGCCGACAGAUGUCCGGGGACACGAUACGGCAAUGGCGGAAGAGGAUGAGACGACCGCUGCAGCCGGAAGCGGAGAGGAGACUUUGGGACUCACGAUAUGGAGGCUCCCAGGUGGGGGCUUCGCGGUGGGAAGGUUCUCAGGGGGAAGGAGAGCAGGGGAAGUGCAGCUUCCCUCAGUUUACACUGAGAUGGAUGGGGGAUUCGACAACAGUGGAGCCCCGAGAAGAGUAUCAUGGCCUGGAACGCCGACCAGGUCGAGGGAGAACGGUGGAAUUCAUCGAGCAGUUCGCAGUUUCUUCUCGUUCUUUGGGUUUUCACGAUCAUCUUCCUCUUCACGGCCGAGCUUAGAACCUCAAUCUUCAUUCCCUCACAGCCAAGGAAGGAGCUCAAUUUUCAGGAGGCGCUCGAGAAGUAGAAACUCCAAUUCGGAAGCAAAUGCCAACGUGAUUGCAUGAUGCAGAAGUCGGGAGUUUAAUUUUUCAGAUUCGUUUUGAUUGUAUAAAUAUGUUCUUCAAUUUGUUCGAAAGAAUCGUGUAUAACUUCUGCGAUGGAAGAUCGAACACUUUGCAAGGCUCAAAUUCUUUUGUU